AUGGUUUUGUGAGUGUAUAUAUAAAAAAAAUUAUCAUAAAUAUGUCGUGUUUUAUAAGUGUGUGCCAUCAAAAUUUAUUAACAAUUUUAACAUGUUACUGUGUUGUGAUUUUUAUUCAAAUUACACCCGGCUUGUUACAGGAUAUAAAUGUUUCAAGACCGAUUCAACCACCAGAAAUACUAAAUCUUACUGCAGAUGAAACAAUUAUAAGUACCGGUGAAAAUUUAACAUUAAUAUGCCAUGGUAUUGCAAAUAUUACAUGGUCAUAUAAUGAAGUUAUCGAUUCCAGCGAUGAAGAGAAACGAUCACAAACAUAUAAAUUGUAUAGAUUUGAUCCAGAUAUCAGUCGACAUGAAGCAACACUUAUUAUAACAAAUGCAACAUACUUGCAUACCGGAAAUUAUGUAUGCGAAUAUCAAAGUCCACAAGUUCUUGAAUCAAAUUCAAUAUACGUUUACGUAGAAGAUGAAAACAAUUUAUUUUUACCCUAUCACGAUACCAUAAUUAUUGGACAUCAGUAUCAAAAUGUAACGGUUCCAUGUCGACCAACAUCACCACGUGUUCAAGUUGAAUUACGACGAGGUGGACAACCGGUGACAAACGAGAUAAAUUAUGACCCCAAAGUUGGUAUUACAUUAUAUUUAAAUGGAACUGCAGCAGGCGGUAGAUAUACUUGUAUUGGUUCGAACAAUUUUAAAACAGAGGAACUCAUUAUUCCAAUGACAUAUAAGCGAUUACCUGCAUCGAAAUAUGCACCAACACCAAAAAUAACAGAUGAAAGCGAAGCACAUUAUGUGGGUCUUCAAUUACAAUUGAAAUGUGAAGUACAAUAUAAUCCUCAGAGUAUGGUGCGUCUUGCAUGGCAUUUACCAUCAACUAUUCAAAAUAAGGAAUCACGUUUGGAAAUACGAAAUGAUACAAUUCCGUCUGAUUCCAAAACGAGUAGUAUUCAUACUAUUAUUUUAUCAAAUUUAAUGGUCGAAGACAGUGGAGUGUAUAUUUGUUCUGUGAUCGAUCAUUCAAAAAAUGAAAAAAGUAAAAAUAUCACCAUUAAUGUGAAAGAUUCUCCUUAUAUUCAUUUAACUAGCAAGAGCUCUUUGAAACCUAUAAAGCAAAGCGUUGGAAAAGAUGUAAAAUUCAUUGUGAAUGUAGACGCUUAUCCACGUGUUAAAUACGAGUGGUUUUUUAACAACAACGAGAUUACUCCAAAUUUACAUUACAAUGUAACAAGUACGCCUAAACAAACAAAACUUAUCAUUUCAAAAGUAUCGAUCCACGACGAUGGUUUAUAUAUGUUACGUGCUACAAACCAUGAAGGAUUUCAAAGCAUUAAUAUGACACUCGAAGUACCUGAUCGACCCUGCGUUUCGCUGUCCGGACCAUCGUAUAUUUUAGUCAACAACAAAAAACAAUUUAACUGCACGGCAGUAGGAAAUCCAAUUCCAAAAAUUUCUUGGAGCUUUAAAGAAUGUUUACGGAAUGAUGAAUGUCCACAAGAACCGAUUCCUAAUAAUUCUUCGGAAGUUGGUGAUUUACUCAAAGUUACAUCAUUGUUAACAUUAAACAAGAACGUAUCUGGAACAUUAAUUUGUGAAGCAAGUAAUACAGAAGGAAGUGAUUUAAACUUAAAAGAAGUUAUCAUUACUGAUGUCCCUGAUGGAGAUGAUGGUUUUAAUGCAUGGCAAGAAAAUGAAAUUGUAAGUGUUGGCGAUUCAAUUGUUCUUCAUUGUGGCGCAUCGAAACAUAAUUAUUCUGGUUCACUAGAGUGGUAUUUGAACUAUAAUGAUAAUCCACUAACAUCCAACGAAGCUUAUGAAAUAGACACCAGUUCAACUCCUUAUUCUUAUCGAAAAAGUAUUAAAAUUCCUAACGUAACAAAAGAUUACAGUGGAAAUUAUCGUUGUGACGAUGGGUCUCGCUCAAGCUCACUAGCAUUAAAUGUUUUGGAUCCAGAAUUACCAGCGAUAAUUGAUAGCAAUUUAAAAGGCAAUAAUAUAAAAAUACAUGAAGGGAGAAGUUUUGAGUACAUGUGCAGUGUUAGUGGUAUACCACGUCCGACAAUAACUUGGAAAAAGAAUGAUAAGGUUUGGGUGCCAGAUCCAAAACGAAUUCGAAUAAAAAAAGACUUUGGUAAUCUAGAAGUCAAAGAAGUAGUGAUUUUUAAAUAUACAAUAAAAGAAGAUGAGGGUAAAUACUCUUGUGAAGCUACAAAUCGUUUAGGUCAGAAAGUAAAUAGUUCAUUACUGAUGAUAGACGGUGGAAAAAUAGUGAUUGAUAAAAAAAUUUCACCGUGGAUAAUCAUUGUACCGAUUUUUUGUAUUAUAAUUCUAAUAAUUGCUGUUUCAUUUUUAUUCAUCAAAUUACGAAAUGAGAAGAGACGAAUUGCCGAGUUUGAAAAUGCAGGUCUGGAUCAUUUUGACGAAGGUGAUGUUGAAUGUAUAAAUCCUGAUUUGGCUAUUGAUGAUCAAGCCGAUUUGUUACCCUAUUAUAAUGAGUGGGAAUUUCCAAGAGAGAAACUGAAGUUGGGAAAAGUAUUAGGAGCCGGUGCAUUUGGUAUUGUGAUGAAAGCAGAAGCCCAAGGGAUUUUAACAGAGGAAGAGAACACAACAGUUGCGGUCAAAAUGGUUAAAAGAAAUGCAGAUAUUACAUACGUUAAAGCUUUAGCCUCAGAAUUAAAAAUUAUGGUGCAUCUUGGACGCCAUGUUAAUGUUGCGAAUUUAUUAGGUGCAUGUACCAAAAAUUUAGCGAGCAAACGAGAAUUGUGUGUUAUAGUUGAGUAUUGUCGAUACGGAAACUUGUUAAAUUACAUCCAAAGACAUCGGCGAGAUUUUGUAAAUCAAAUUGAUCCUUCGACAGGGGACAUAAAUACAGCAAUUGGACAAGAUAUUUUAGCAAGAAGUGGUUCCACUAGCGCUUAUCGUACUCGAUUCGCUUCAACAUCGUUUUUCAAUCGUAGUAAUUCAAAUGCCAGUGGUACUUCUAAACAUGCAAGAAGUGGUGGAGCAGAUUAUAGAGCUCAAUCAGAAAUAUCCAACUCAAGAAAUUCAAAUGAGAACACAUGCAAUACUGAAGUUACUACUCUUCCCAUGUCUACCGAUGAAGACGAUGUAACAAUAUUAAGCAAUAAUAGCACUCAACAACCAGAAUGGCGCUCCAACUAUCAGGGUGAUUAUCGAGGAAAUGUUGCUCCUAUGUCGUCGCAGGAUUUGCUAUGCUGGGCUUUUCAGAUUGCCCGUGGUAUGGAUUAUUUGGUGUCUCGAAAUGUUCUCCAUGGUGACUUAGCAGCACGAAACGUUUUACUUGCUGAUAACAAUAUCGUUAAAAUUUGUGAUUUUGGUUUGGCAAAGAGCAUGUAUAAGGAUGCUAAUUAUGUUAAAAAGAAAAAUAGCCCAUUGCCCAUUAAAUGGAUGGCUUUAGAGUCAAUUCGGGAUAGAAUAUUUUCUGUUCGAUCAGAUGUUUGGUCUUAUGGAAUUGUAUUAUGGGAACUAUUUUCAUUAGGACAAACACCUUAUCCAGGAAUGAAAGUGGAUGAAACAUUCUACCAUAAACUUGAAGAUGGAUAUCGUUUAUCUAAACCUGAAUUUUCAACUAAAGAAUUAUACCAAGUGAUGUUACAAUGUUGGGAAGCACGUCCUAAAAAUCGGCCUACGUUUGAUAAAUUGGCUAAUGAUAUUGGAAUGAUGCUAGAAAACGCAGUGCGCGAGCAUUACAUCAACUUAAAUAGUCCGUACUUAAUUAUGAACGACAUGAAGAGUAAAGAACAUAGUGAUUAUCUAGCCAUGAUGAGCACUCCAGAUUUUGAUAGAUUUGAAUCAUCCAAUUAUUAUAUAAAUGAACUUCCAACAUCGUCAAAACUACCACAAAGUGAUAAGGAAAUUGUAACUGGUUCAAAUACCGGUUACUUAUGUAUGAGGCCAACAUCAGCCUUAAUCAAUUUUGACAAUCCAAAAAAGACUGAUAAAUCAUCAAAAGAUGUGACUUCACCGGAAAUGUUACCAAUGUUGAGUUUAAAUAAUUCAAAUAGUACGAAAUCUGACAUUGAGUCUGAUAGUGAACUUACAACACCAGAUUUUAAAAAUAAAAACCAAAAUUCCAGAAGUUUUUUUAAUCCCACAUAUCAAACACCAACAGGUUCAGCAUCAGCCUCACCCACAUCUUUCGAAAGUAAAACAAAUGAUAUUGUAACUACCAAAGAAAAUUAUGUAAAUAUGCCAGAACAAAAAAGUGUUAUUAAUGAUAAGUCAAAACCAAAACCAGUGACAAUUGAUAUCGAUAAAAAUUUAGACGAUCAAAGAAUUUAUGUGAAUGAUAAUGUAACUGAUCAUUGGAUUCGAUAAAUGUUUUAUACUAUUCGAUUUUGCAGGGUAUACUUUAAGAGUUAAAGGUUUUUGAGUAAUGGCGAAAGAGAAACUCUUACUGAAUAUGCAGUUGGUCUCCCGCCUUUGGCGAACAUAUAACACAAUGUAUGGUGCCCCGUGAUUUGUCAGAGCUAAUUUCGGUUCGAAUUUGGGUUUGUAAAUAAAUGGGUGCUAAACAGUUUCAUUUAAUGAAUAUUACCUGGAUGACCCAGCUUCACUCGUUAAUUUUUUUUGGUAACACGUUUUCUAAAAAUGAAACCUAUCUAAACCGAUUUAUCGCACCCGAAACCCCCUGUAUACUAAAUUUCAUGGAUAGCUUUGAAGCUGUUUCCGAGAUUAAAGUUUCUGAGAUAAAUCGAUGUUUUCUAAAAUUUAAACAUAGCUAGAUCGAUUUUUCACCCCAAAAACUCCUUGCGUAUUAAAUUUCAUGGAAAUCGUUGGAGUCGUUUCCGAGAUUCCAAGUAUAUAAAUAUAUAAGAUGUAGAGAAUCUACUGCAUAAUCAAAAAGAGUUUUUCUUUCGCACGGUGAAUAUUUGAAGAUUUACAAAAUGGGGGCAAGAUGAAAAAACGCCUAAAAUAUGGAAAAAAUCUGUUUUUUGACAUGUUUUAAAAACGAAAAUUGGGAGAGUGGUAAAAUUUUUUUACACAAUAUGCAAGGGCUAACAUUAAGGCAGAUUAAGUUUUCAAAUGAUACCAGAAAAAUUUAUAUAAAAUUUAGUGAUGAUAUAUUUCUCACCCUUUCCGCCCUCCGUACAAAGCAAUAAGGGGUGAUAAAAAAUUUUGAGUAAUAUAUUCCAAAACUAGAAAAUACUAGUUUUCAAACAAGUUAUAGUUAUUCCAAAUUUCCUUUAAUACUUCGGUUUUGCAUAUGGUAUACAUUAGUAUUAUAGAGCCGAUAUACAACUGUAGUGACUGGUUAAUAAUGUACGAUAUUUGUUAAUAAUAAUUUUGGUAUAGAAUAAUCUAGACUGACGAGCAAGUCAGAUGGGUCGCAGACAAUUUGGUUAGUUAGUUAGAUUGCUCGGUUUUUUUUUAUAAAAAGAAAGAAGAAAAUAUUUAAAAGUUGCAAUAACUCAGGAACCGUUCAUUAUUAGCCUGCUUUAAGGUCUUCGUUGUACAUUCGAUAAAUAUCGAGUUGAUUAUCUUCUUAUGUUCAAUUAAGAAAAAAAGCAAAAAGUUGUCACUUUAAGCUGGCGAGUCAAUUAAAAAUUAUCUGGGUCCAUAACUUAUGUAGGAAAGCUCUCAAUAUCAUUCUUACUUUGUUGUUUUUGGACUUUCGAAGAAAUCGGUUAUGAAAAAUUAGUUCUAGAAUAAAAGGAGGCUCUAUUACUAAUGGGUACUAUAUUUUUUCGAUGUAAUACGAACAGAUAUCGUAUUGUGAAAACAAUUUUCAAAAAUUUUAUGACUUA